AUGGCCUCCCUUAUCAAACUUUGCUUCUUCUUCAUUGUGAUUAUUCAAGCCUCUCUCUUGCUUUCACCCUUGGUGCACAGUGAUGAUGCCAAUGAAGAUGAUAUUCUCCAAGGCAUCAACAGCUACAGACGAUCACUGAGCUUACCAAACCUCAUCAAGCACGACAAAGCCGAUUGCCUAGCAGAAGAAAUUGCUGAUGAUAUACAGGACCAACCAUGCAGCAGCCGAACCAAUGGCGCCAACAUCUCACCAACAUCUGUGACUGAACUCCCCAGUCUUCCCAGUAACUUGAUCAAGUGCAAAAUAGAUGUGAACAGCACAGUGGAUGGGGUCAUAAUGCCAGUUUGUGUGCCCAAAGCAGUCUCAACUCUUGUGCUUACCAAUUACACUAGCUCCCCGCGCUACGCAAAAUUUCUGAAUGAUUCGAGGUUCACUGGGGUUGGAAUUGGUACCGAGGACGAUUGGACUGUGGUGGUUUUGGCCACAAGUACCCGAACAGGAAGCUUUGCCAAUGCAGCAAACUCUUUGGUUUCGACGGUUGGCGCUGUCCAUUACUUGGUCUCCUUCAUGUUGGGGUUGUGGCUUAUUUUGGUUAGCUGA